AACAUGUUCGCGAUGCUGCUGGCGCUGAGCGCGCUGGCAUCAGGCGCGCGCGGAGACUGCGACGCCUGCAUCUCGGGCCGCUGCCACUCCCGCAGACCCAUCCUCGUGGGGUUCCCCGUCACUGGCCAGAUGGCCAUCGACCCAGUGGAUAAUGUGCUCUACCUACAGCUUAACUCAAACCAGAACAUUGCUAUCUUCCUGGACGAUCUGCAGCACCGACUGCUUAACAUGAUGAGCACAGCAGGAAUGGACUUCGACCAAUCGUCGCAGACUUUGUAUAUGGGCACAGAAGAUGGAACAUUCUAUGCCUACAAUCUAGCUAGAAAUACAACAGUGGGUGUGCUACAGAUAAACGAAGGUAUGCGCCCUAAUAUUAUUAAUAAAUUACUCAAUUAGUGACUUUAUCAUUGAUGGCAGUCUUAUAUAUUUCAUUUCUAAUAGUUCCCUGUAUGUAUGUGAUAAUCAAGUUUAUUCUGGAACUUACCCACCCCAGCCACCCAGAGAAAUAAUACG